AUGAAAUUCUCAACCGUUUUAUCCUUAGCUGUCGCUAUUACCUCAGUCCAAGCCAUCACUUACGGUGAAGCCGUCAAUGAUGUUGUCAAGAGAGCCGGUGGUGACUCUUCCUCUGGUGGUUCCUCUGGCUCCUCUGGUUCCUCUGGUUCCUCUGGUUCUGCUGCCGGUGGUUCUUCUAGUGAAUCCGGUGGUUCUUCUAGUGAAUCCGGUGGUUCUUCAUCUGAAUCUGGUGGUUCUUCAUCUGAAUCCGGUUCUCCAUCCGAAUCUGGUUCUUCUGAAUCUGGUUCUUCUUCCGGUGGUUCUUCUUCUGAAUCCGGCUCUCCAUCUGAAUCUGGUUCUUCUGAAUCUGGUGGUUCUUCUAGUGAAUCCGGUUCUUCUUCCUCCGGUUCUGGUUCUUCCGGUGGUUCUUCUAGUGAAUCUGGCUCUUCCUCCUCCGGUUCUGGUUCCUCUUCUGGUUCCUCUGGUUCUGGUUCUUCUGGUUCUGGUUCUUCUUCUUCUUCUUCCUCCGGUGCUUCUAACAAUGCCGGUGUUAACAUUGGUGUCGCUGCUUUGGGUGCCAUUGCUGGUGGUUUAUUACUCUAA